AUUCGAGUUGUCAAUUUUUGUCAUAGUCACGCGGUCAAAAGUAAACAAUCACAAAUGGUAGAUGCAUAAAGUGCGUAAUGAUUUGAAUGAUAUAUUUAAUUGUUUAAAACUCUGUGGUAUACCGGUGUGGUUAUCAUCAUGGCAAAUAUUUGUUGCAUAUGUGGGAAAACGAAAUGUUCGUAUAAAUGUCCUGUAUGUGAAGAAGCUUAUUGUUCCAUAGGUUGCUGUAAGGAGCAUAAACUAAAUAAUUGUCAAUCACCGAAGUCGAAGUCUCAGGAGAACAAAGUUAUAGAAGAUACGAAGAAUAAAAUUAAUUAUGAUUUUCCAACGGAAGACACAGUUCCCAUUGAAAAAUUGAACCAGUUACAUCACAGCGAAGAAUUGAAGAACUGCUUAAAGAAUCCGCAUGUACGAAAUAUAAUGCGUGCAAUUUUAACAGAUAAGAAUCCAACAAGAGCUAUUGCUUUAGCUAUGACUGAACCAAUAUUCGUAGAAAUGGCAGAUGCUUGUUUGAAAGUUGUUGAACCUGAAGUUAACAAUGAAUCAUGUUAAUAUAUAUAGAUCUAUAUCACAUUAGAACACGUACGAGGAAAUUACGAUAAAAUAUUUUUAUAUA